UGAGGUGAAUGGUCAAGGCCAUGAUAAGUUCCACUGCAUUUGCUGGUUGUUAUCGAUAAGACCCACUUACACUGGAGCCUGGGCCGGGAUAACCCCGCGCUAGUUGGGGCAGACACCCUUGCGUCAGGAACCUUGCGAGCCAAGCCACGGAGACGGAAAAACCUGUGUCCGCAACUUUUCGCCUAGCCCUGCCAAUUACUGGAGCGCACACAAAAAUUGGUCUGGAUAUCGAUGCAAGGUGGAUGACUUGGACUCUUUGACGGCCUCGUAACCAGCAUCAAAGACCGACAAGAAAAAUGGCGGAUAUCCAGAUCGGUUCCAGCGCCUGGCGCCUCGUCGAGGUUGGCCGUGUCCUCAAGCUCGAGGGCGGCAGCCUCGCGACCAUCGUCGAGAUCGUCGACCACAAGCGCGUCCUUGUCGAUGGCCCCUCGUCCGACCCCAAGCUCGCUGCCCCCCGCGGCGUCGUUUCCCUCUCCAGAACCCUUCUCACCCCCCUCGUCGUCGAGAAGCUUCCCCGUGGUGCCCGCACUGGUGCCGUCAAGAAGGCCUGGGAGGCCGCUGGCAUCGAUGCCAAGUGGAAGGAGAGCAACUGGGCCAAGAAGCAGCUCCAGCAGGAGCGCCGCAAGGCCCUCACCGACUUCGACCGCUUCAAGGUUAUGCGCCUCAAGAAGCAGCGCCGCUUCGAGGAGCGCAAGGCUCUCGCCAAGAUCAAGGCCUCUGCUUAAUUGAUUUGGGAUGAUUAGAUUUGGGAGCGUUUGGUCGGCAUGGUUCUUGGGUGGAGGGUUUUUCGAAACGGUCUGCAUGAACAACAUCAGCAUCAGGGUUGCUGGGAUACCUCUCUGCGUCGCAUUCGGAAGACCUCUUUUGUCACAUCAUCAGGGUGGCUUGCGGCGUCAUAGGGAAAAUGCGAAUUAAGCCAAAAAUGACCCCAAGGUCUAUACCCCCUAAAAACCACCAUUUCUUGGGUUUAUCUGAGGAGCUGGAAUCAAUCAAAGCAAGCUGUGAUGAACAUAUCCGAGCUCCGGACAGGGAAGACCAGAUUGUGACCAUUGCGCCCCGGUGACUUCGGAUUUGGUGUGAAGUGAUGGUAUGGUUUGACUACGCGUCUGGCGCGGUUGGGACGGGCGACUUGUGGCAGCAGAGGUGGAUGGAAUGGACAGACAAGGGAUACAACAACUUCUUGGUCACGGUUGGUUCCUGUUCGGCUGGCUGUGGGUUGUGGCACGCUAUCCGCACGUGAAGCUGUAUGUUGACGUUCUGACAUCCACAUAAAGAUAUGGGACUUGACAUAAUAGCACUCGAUCCCAUGUCAAGUUUGCUAGAGGGUAAUCAUGGCUUGCCAUGGUCAACAACAGACGUUUCGAAUUACUUUAUGAACUUUUUACCAUUGGGAAACUUCUGUGAAGCUGCUGGUGAAGAUUGUUCGGCAUCGUGAGUAGUUCGGACUUAUACAACACACGACGCUAUGAGUACAUCUUGAAGAUGACCUCACUGGUGAUGGCCCCUGCCAAGACAAAUCAAGAGGGCGAGUUACGCCCGGUAGAUCCAGAGCAGAAAUCUCCAACAUCGGCCAUUUUUUAGCAUAGCGCAACCUUGAAGAACAAAAUAAUGCUUAAGCAGAAGUCAGUUACAAUCCGCAAUCACCAAC